GUUGAACUCCAGAACCCAUUUCAAAUCUACAAGUUAUUUCCCUCCAAUUCUUUUGCCCUCACCAAUCUAUAUAUGAUUUUCGUAUCUCCACCCAUAUAACCCGGUUCUUCUCUAUACUCUUCUAAUCAACAAGAUUUGCAGCUCGUUCAAAACUACUAAUGGAGGGGCUCAAAGUAAUCAAAUUGAUGGCACUGUUAUCAACUCUCUUAGUAAUUUCAGUGAAUGGGCAAAUUAAUACACCGUGCACCAUGUCGAUGAUAUCAAGCUUCACCCCGUGUGUUAAUUUUAUAACUGGAAGCACCAGCAAUGGCUCACCACCAACUGCUAGUUGUUGCAGUUCAUUGAAGUCACUGAUGAGCACUGGCAUGGAUUGCGCUUGUCUACUACUAACAGCCAAUGUUCCGGUUCAGCUACCAAUUAACCGUACUCUAGCUAUCUCUCUCCCCGGCGCUUGUGGCGUGCCGGGACAGUGUAAAUCAUCUGGGACCCCUCUGCCAGCACCAGGUCCCUUCUCGCUAGGGCCAACUCUUCCACCUCCAGCUGCUGCUCCUUUAAGCCCACGAGCUUCCAAAGCAGUAGCACUUGCUCCAGCACCAGAAUCUGAAAUUACUCUACCAUUAACACCAGCAUCCCCGCCGGUGCAAGUAGCAUCCCCGCCGGUGCAAGUAGAAGCCCCACCAGCAACUGCAGGGAUCCGACCAGUGCUGUUCCCCUCAGCAUCUAUGCCAUCCCAUGUUUCGCCACCAUCUUCCUUGCUAAUAUUUCUAGCAAUCAUGCUUUUCAAAAAAAUUCUAUUAAGCUACAGCCUCUUCAUCUUCAUCCCUCUUGCUAUCUGUUUUGUUUUUUUGUUGGUGUGAAAACUUGACGAACACAGCUGAUCAACGUCAUGUUGUCAGAAAACAAAAUAACAGAACGUAGGAAAAGAAUGCCUUUGCUAAUUCAUUAUAGUUCAUCAGCUAAAGCUCCUUUGAACUGUAACGCCUAGACAAGUAUGAUGACACAGGAGUGUUUGAUAAAUUUAAGUACAAGGCAAAUGAUGGAAGAUGAAGCCUGAUACUCACAAGCAAAACAAACAAACCAUUGGAGAAACCUUUUCAGAACUCUAUUUAAUUAUGUUUGCACUGCA